AGUCCCUCCCGCAAGAGUCGCUCUACCAGCCACGACAAUUCCAGCGUGCUACCUCCGGCCCCCAAGCUAUCACUCCCGCAGGCACUUCACGCGGCUUCACCACCCUCGCCGCUACCAACGCCGCCACCGGCCGCAAGCUCGGGGGCCCCCGCCGCGUCCGCCUCGAGGACCUCCCCGAGGGCGACGUGCAGCCCAAACCGAACAUCCAGACAGCCCCCUUCCCUUCGACAGCCACGGCGUUUGACGAGAAGGAGAACCAGCGGGCGCGCGCAAUCCGCCCCGCGCGGUCUAUCGGUAAGUCGCUAGGAUUCGAGCGGAUACCGGAGGUGCCGUCGGGGGAGGAGCCCCAGCCGAUCCGGCCGCGACGGUCCGCGAGCCUGAGCGACGCACCACCGCCAAUGGACCCGCUGCCGGAACGGCCGAUGGCUGGUCACGUGAGGCCGGGGACGGCGCUGGGCGCGCGGCGGGUGACACUGGAGGAGAAGCUGAGGCAGGAGCGGGAGAUCGCGCUCGAGGAGGGGUACGCUCGGCGCGAGGCAGAAGAGGCCGCAGCCCGCGCCGCGCAGGCACAGGGCGCGGGCCAGGGGUACGUCCCCGCGCCAUCCCCGACACACGUCGCACGCCCGCACUUGCGGCACGAACGCAAGGACUCGGACACGAUGCGCGGCGGGUCGGGCAGCCCGACGGCGGUCGAGCCGCCAAGGCACCGUCGGAGCCCGACAGCGCAGGACGCGCAGGCGCACAAGCAGGCGCAUUGGGAGGAGGGCGAGCUCCAGCAGCCCCCGAUACAGGCGACCAAGUCGGCGCCCGUCCCGCUCAUGGCGGCGCCGAGCCAGUCGGGCGAUCGCGGAGGGUCAUCGCGGACGAUCAUCGUGAACAAGAAGGGGUACCAGCGCCUGGACCUGCUGGGCAAGGGCGGGUCGUCGCGGGUGUUCCGGGUGAUGACGGGGAGCCACGAGAUCUUCGCGCUGAAGCGGGUGGCACUGGACAAGGUGGACGCGGAGACGAUGAGCGGGUAUAUGAACGAGAUCGCGCUGCUGAAGCGGCUGGAGGGUAACCAGCGGAUCAUCCGGCUGCUGGACAGCGAGGUGAAGCAGGGCGGGGGCAGCUCGAAGGGAGCGCUGUUCCUCGUGAUGGAGUGCGGGGAGAUCGACCUGGCGAAGCUGCUGCAGGAGCAGCAGAAGGAGCCGAUGGACCCGGUGUGGGUCGCGUACUACUGGAAGCAGAUGCUGCAGGCGGUGCACGUCAUCCACGAGGAGAAGAUCGUGCACUCGGACCUGAAGCCGGCGAACUUUGUGCUGGUCAAGGGCCAGCUGAAGCUGAUCGACUUUGGGAUCGCCAACGCGAUUGCGAACGACACGACGAACAUCCAGCGCGACCACCAGAUCGGGACGGUGAACUACAUGUCGCCCGAGGCGAUCGAGCUGCCCGAGGGCAUGCGCCGCCUCAAGGUCGGCCGCCCGUCGGACGUGUGGUCGCUCGGGUGCAUCCUCUACCAGAUGGUGUACGGGCAGCCGCCGUUCCAGAACUUCAACGUGUACCAGAAGAUGAAGGUGAUCCCGGACGAGAGCCACGUGAUCGAGUUCCCCGAGUACGCGGUGCCCGUCGCGCAGCGGCGCAAGGACGCGUCGGCGACGACAGGGACGGGGAGCCCCCCGCAGAAGCUGGAGCACCUGCGGGUGCGGGUGCCGCAGAGCAUCAUCAACACGAUGAAGAGCUGCUUGGUGCGGAACCCGAAGGCGCGGGCGACGAUCCCGGAGCUGCUGCAGCAGAACUGGCUCGAGCCCGAACCGUCGAGAGCGCCGAGCCCCAGCCCGCCGCCGCCGCAGUACCCCGAGUUGCAGCUGCGCGAGGACGAGACGAUCAUCAACCCACACUAUAUGCGGCAACUUCUUGAGUACGGGUUGAGGAGGGGGGCCGACGGGAUUGAUGGUUGGAACGAGGAACGUCUGGCGGCCGAGGCUGAGCGGCUCGUCAGCGAGUUGAAGCAUAUCAAUCGAGACGCGGCGCUCUCCGCGGCGGCGAGUCGCCAGAUGCUGUGAGGAUGCAUCCACAUACACAGUAUGAUAUGAUUGUCUACCCGGCGCCGUCACCGCCACUCCUCUAUUCUUGACGGCCGUCUCAAUAUCUGGCCCCAUGGCUUGGGCCGUCAUGCGCACUCGAUCGACCGUGAGUCGCUAGUGGCCCUCGCGGCUACUUUGCUGCUGCAUGCCACGAAGAGCGCCAUUCGCCCGCCCCGCUACGGAUGUGGUAGCGUGUGACGCACGUCGAAGACUUGUCCGUUCCCUUCCUACGUCGCAUCUGUUUUUUAUUAUCUCGCUAUGCUAUGCUGCCCUUCGCUCAGCUGCUGUCCUCUGUCAGUCCCACUUUCCUCUACGUGCACUCUGCGUCGCACCGCACUGGCCACCUGCGCGGUCCUCCAUCUGUCAUCACAUUCGUCGCCCCAUCUCCUUCCUCCCUUCCAUCCCUUCCCGUGUUCGAUGCGCGCCUUAACCCCGCCUUGCAAAUCUCCCGGGCAUCGUCUUGCAUCUGUUCGCUAUGGAAACCGGACAAAGUAGCCUCGCUGUCUCACCUCGAUACCGAUACCGCGUCGGUGGCCGUACCGUCUGUCACGUAGCCGCCGCGCCCCUCAUACUGUACCAUCAUUAGUACCCGCAUCCAACCUCGCUGUUCUAUAUGCAUCCAAGUACAACACGAUACGCACGCACGUACGCUUACACAUACACACAUGCCGCCCGCCACCUGUAUGAUCGAUCCGCUAGCAUCAUCUGAGUCUGUUUCUCGCCC